UAGAGGCGGGGCUCCGAGGGCACUGAGUAGGACGGAGGCGGAGUCAGGCCUAGAGGCGGCGGGGCUUUGAGGGGACUGAGCGGGCUGGGAGCUGGGCGGUCGGGGCGCCGGGGGCGGUCCCUGUGGGGCGGGCGGGACCCGACCGGCUCUCUGUGUGGCCGCGGCCAUGAAGCCGCAGCCGCCGGGCUAGGCCCCGGGCGGCUCUAGCCCAGGGCGGCCCGUGGAGGGGCGGGCCAGCCCCAGCUCCGGUCCCAGGCCGGCGGGCGACUGCUCACCAUGCCGGGCAAGCACCAGCACUUCCAGGAACCCGAGGUCGGCUGCUGCGGGAAAUACUUCCUGUUUGGCUUCAACAUUGUCUUCUGGGUGCUGGGAGCCCUGUUCCUGGCCAUUGGCCUCUGGGCCUGGGGUGAGAAGGGCGUUCUCUCUAACAUCUCAGCGCUGACAGAUCUGGGAGGCCUCGACCCCGUAUGGCUGUUUGUAGUGGUUGGAGGUGUCAUGUCAGUACUGGGCUUUGCUGGCUGCAUCGGGGCCCUCCGGGAGAACACCUUCCUGCUCAAGUUUUUCUCCGUGUUCCUCGGCCUCAUCUUCUUCCUGGAACUGGCAACAGGGAUUCUGGCCUUCGUAUUCAAGGACUGGAUUCGAGACCAGCUCAAUUUCUUCAUCAACAACAAUGUUAAGGCCUAUCGGGACGACAUUGACCUCCAGAACCUCAUUGACUUUGCUCAGGAAUAUUGGUCUUGCUGCGGAGCCCGAGGGCCUAAUGAUUGGAACCUCAAUAUCUAUUUCAACUGCACUGACUUGAACCCGAGCCGGGAGCGCUGCGGGGUGCCCUUCUCCUGCUGUGUCCGGGACCCUGCGGAAGAUGUCCUCAACACCCAGUGUGGCUACGAUGUCCGGCUCAAGCUGGAGCUGGAGCAGCAGGGCUCCAUCCACACCAAAGGCUGUGUGGGCCAGUUUGAGAAGUGGCUGCAGGACAACCUGAUCGUUGUGGCUGGGGUCUUUGUGGGCAUCGCCCUCCUCCAGAUCUUUGGUAUCUGCCUGGCCCAGAACCUUGUGAGUGACAUCAAGGCAGUGAAGGCCAACUGGAUCAAACAUGAUGAUGGCUACAAACUACUCAAAUAAACAAAACCUUGAAAACCACUGGCUUACACCCACCAUCUCGGAGGUUCUGUCAGCGGCAGGGCCUCAGCAGUACUCUCCACCUGGGGCCCUGGCCCGGAUGCACCCUGCCAGCGUGUUUUCUUGGCCUAGGCAGUGUAUACAAUUGAGCCAACCUUUAAAACUUGGUAUAUUUCACAUAAAAGUCCAGCUCCCCAGCAUCUUGUGAAGAAUGGCCAUCUGGCCACAACGGCUCUUCAGUGGCAUCAUCUCCUGGGACAUAUGCUUCCCGUUCUCUGCCUGGCGUGUUCUGCUCACCUAAGUGCCCUGCCUGACCCUGUAGGCUGGGAGUUGGCCUCCCCCACCUCUGCAGGGUUUUCCCCUGCAAAUGCUGCGAGGCUGCUGUGGGCCAAGCCCGGAUUGAAGCAUGUGAGUGAGAAGAAUGGGGAGGCUGGAGCCUGCCCCGAAGAGGCCACAGCCUGGGAGGGGUCUGGUCCUCCUGGGGACUAAGAUGGGUGCCAGCAUGCCCAGGAGAGGGGCCGAGGGGUGGGAUGGAGAUUGGGAAGGGUUUGGGAAGGAGUAGCUGGAAGCCUGAGCUUGGCACCCAUGGGGAUAGGGGGAGCCAGGUUUGGGGGCCAUUGAUGGUUUUGACUCCUAGGCUCCCUUGGAAUCCAGUUCAAAAAUCUUCCUGGUGGCCUGCAGAGCUGCUUCAUGGCCACCAGAGUGCGCAUCAGCACAGCAUUACCUGCGUCCAGCUUUCCUAGGGCAACCUCAUCCAAGGUACAGCCCUGUGCCUGGUGUGUCCACCCUGCUUACUAGCUCUUUGGGGUUCAGGGAAUUUAUAGACUUCUAAAGGAGUAAAACGGCUCAGAUUUGGGAAGUCUGGCUGCUGCUUUCAGAUCUGCACAAAGGGGGUAUAUGGAGUGACUGUCCAUCCCCCUGCAUUUGUGGAUGAAAGGAGAGGUUUGGGCUAGUUCAUAGAUCUCUAACUUAGAUGCCCUCAGGGCCAGGUGGGUUAUAAAAAUAAAUAAAGUGGGCCUUUGCGUUGUGAGGCCUUUGUAGUGCAACUUUGAUUUUUCCCACUAUUACUGGAGAUGGGACACAGAGACCGCUUUGUAAUGAGAAAUAUUUGCAUGAUUGAGUCGCUAAUGGCAACUGGCUUUGAGUUACAAUGGGUGUGGUGGGGACUGUGGCAAAGCCAGUUUCCCACCUGAAAUUCGUGGCUGUCAUUCAGCUCUAGCUAAUUACUGUAAAGUGGGAAUGUGGGUCUAAUGUGAGACAUCUGGAGAAGCCAAAGAGCCAGAGUUUUAUGUGAAAUAUCUUAAUUUUUAAGUUGUUGGCAACUAAUGAAAAAACGUUUUGAACGCUGCUAGCCAAACAAAAGGUGUGGGGGCCAGCUUUGGGCCCUGUGCCACUGUGGAUCCCUCUGGAGCAGUCACCAGUGGGUCUCUGGCCGCUCUGCGGUUCAGGCCUUCUGGGAGCUGCUGCAGGUGGGCGGGGUGUAGGUCAUGUGCCCAGCACUGUGGCUCCCAGAUGCAGGCUGGACUGUGUCCUCAGGCCUCCGAAAGACACAGGUGGCGGGUGGUUUAUACAUGCUACAAUAAAUGCAGCUCACGAUA